GGAAGGGUGGCUAUUAGCUACUACACUUAGCCGCUGGAUCAUUGAAAGGAAAAAGCCGCUUGUAUUACUUUCCGUCCAAUCCAAUCCAAUCCCAGAAAGGACGAAACAAACAAAGGCCAACCCACGGUCUUGAAUUCCGCUUUUACACGACAUUCACAGAAUUUCGAAGCUUCCUUGUCACGUCCACCCCGACCCGAACCCUUUUUAUUUAAUUGAAUAAUUGAUCAUUCUACUUUCAAUCUCCCCCUAUAAAUACCCUUCUCCACUUUUUUCUUUAAUCAUUUCAAUCUUCAAACCAAACUCAUAAACAAUAGUAUUAAAAAAAAAAAAAAACAAGUUGAUCAUCAAAAUCAUAAUGACGAGUACUACUAAAGUGCUUACCGGUGGAUACUUAUCCCUGUUUCCCAACACCCCCAGCAAGGGAUUUGGAUCUCAGCUAAAUUCUCCAACAAGGCUUCGAGUUCCGGCGAAAGCGUACAGAGCCAGAGCCGUGGCCGCCGUCUGUACGCCGGCGCAAACCUCCCCGGAGAGUUUCUACGAAUUGCUGGGAAUUUCGGAGACGGGUUGUUCGACUUCAGAAAUCAAACGGGCCUACAAACAGUUAGCCCGAAAGUACCACCCAGAUGUGUCACCGUCGGGUUGUACGGAGGAAUACACCCAGCGGUUUAUUAUGGUGAAGGAAGCUUACGAAACGCUUUCAGAUCCCCAAACCAGAGCUAUGUAUGAUGUUGAUUUAGCUCGAGGUUUGCAAUCAAACUUUUCUACUACCAGAAGAAGAUAUGAUCAUCAGAGGAUGGAUGAGGAAGAGAAAGAGUGGCAACGUCGGUGGCAAAGUCAACUGGACAACCUAAUGCAGCGUAGCAUGCAUAAAGGAUCUUCUGGUUGUUCUGGUCGGACCAAAAGUACGUCGUCGUGGGGAAAUCCCACCCGGCGAAAGAGAAAUAGCAUUUUUGACCUUGGAUUUAAUUAAUUAAUUAAAUUAAUAUAUAGUCUAACGUAGGAAGAAAAAGAUUGUUAGCCAAAUUUUGUCGUGGAACUGUAAUUCCAUUUUGAAUUUUCGACAUGUAAAUAUAUCUAUCUCCAAUUUCAAUUUGUCCCAUUUUGGUUUCUAAUAUAUAUCAACUAGGCCAUACCAUUUAAGUGAUUUUAAAUUAAUAGUAUACAAAAAGGUUAGCAUACAGUAUAUGAAAACAAAGCACGCGCGUAAAACCAAAGUGU